AUGGAAGAAAUAGAUCCCUACUGUUGUCUCUGUGGGAUUUACAUCGCCCUCACACCAUCGAACCGGAGCAGGUCGCUCUGGCUGGAUCAAUUUUACGUUGUUUACACUUUUGAUAGAGAGGCAAAUGCUCGUGCCUAUCUCUCAACCGAUGGAUUUAGGGCUAGCCGACACCACUCCAUCGUUGUUGACCCUGCAGAUUACAGAUUCAACGACGGGAGGAGUAUCAGGGUGAUUCUCAUGCCUUACGACUGUGAAAACCCUUUUAGAGGUCCGCUACCCCCUGGCAUGCCACCCGAAGCUUGGGGCUAUCCUUUCCAUGCCGCAUGUUGGAAGAUCUUGAACACUUUCGGCACUGUCGACCAGAAAGAUCUCCAAUCCAUAUUGAAUCUCUGCCACUCAGCUCCUAAGCAACUGGGAAUGCUCAACUGGGGCCAUGAUUAUAGAGGACAAGCCUGUCAUCGACUUCACGUCGCUCCAGGCGAGGAGAACUUUCUAACCUGGUCAUACCGUCGCGACCCGAAUGCCAAUCCAUACAGCAUCGUUGAGCUAACGCAGAUCUUCGACAAACUCGCAUCAAAUACAUUCAACAACUUUACGGAAUCCGAACCGUUGCCAAAGCUUCACCGGUUCACAGUUUGUGACCCCGAUCCUCACGAGCUUUCACCAAUCUCGUACUGCCCAGUCGGUUUUGGAAGAACAGGUUUCGACUCGGAAGAGAAUUUGCAUACUGGUGGAAACUGGGAAUCCAUAUACAGAGCAACAAACGCCUUGAAGUCUGAUAGAAAGACUCGAAACGCUCUUCAACUGAGACGCCACGUUUGGGAUUUCUCUUCUCCCAUGUAUAAGCUUCUCCAAAGUAUGCGGCAAACUACCUGCGAUGGACACCGCGUCCAGUCCAUGUUCGAGCCAGAUGCAAUGCCAGCUGAGCUACUUGAUCAAAAGAGCUGGACCAAUGUCAGUAGGACACUCAGUCCUCCCGGGAAACUGUUCCAGAGAGGAUGCAGAUUCUUCUAUACUCGCAUGCUGGUGUUGCCCACCAACACAUCUGCUGUCUACGUAUCGACAAUUGACAUCUUUGAGCGACGCUACGUAUCCGGACUGAGAUUCAGUAAUGGUAACAGUAAAGACUUUACUAUUGGCUUUCAACACCCCAGACAAGAGGAGCUCCUAGCCCAACAGGUAAGAAGUAUUCAGAUCAAGGGCUUUGAUGUUGCUUUUGAUCAGCACGGAGUGAGGGGCAUCUGCAUACUUUUUGGUGAUAGCACUCAAUCUUAUUGGGCUGGGGAGUACGAGAAUAUACCCAAGCGAAGGGUACAAGGUUACGCAGAAGAAGACACUGUUACCCAUCUGAUGGGCGGGUUUGAUGCCGCGAAGCUAGUAAUCAUAGCUAUCAACCGAGACCCACCAUUCUGGGAACCAACGAUGUCUACACUAUGGUACCCCGAGAUACCAACCCCCGACUUGCUUUUCCCAGGACUUGACGCCACUAUAAACAACCCUUUCAGGCCCAGUUCGUCAGUCGAACAAGAUCUACCAGCCUGUUUUGCGCUUUCCCCCAAUGGUGAUCCAAGCAAGCUCCGCAGGAUCAUCGUCAAGCAUCGUGUCCAUUCAAAGGAUGUACUCAAGAUCGAAUAUGUGAACAUGGCCUCAAUAGACAAGAGCCAAAGUGAACUCGGUUACAGACGCGCAGGUGGACGAUACAGUACAGAAUACGACACCAACCGCAUUUAUGUACAGAGUUUCCUUAUCGAUGGCCCAGGCGGAGAGCGUAUCGAGAGUUUCAGUACGCUUUGGACUCACGCACUCGUAGGAUUCGAGAUAAAGACGAACAGGGGUCGAACUGCAGCAUUUACCGGGGGAACGGGUAUCGAGAAUAAGGCCCCUAUGUCAUCACUAGCUUAGAAUGCUGAAGAACAUACAGUGGUUGGAUUUUGGGCAAC